UAAAGCUCAUCCAUUUAAGUACGGUGCAACGAUCACCCUAAAUCCAAUGCCUUGCUACUGUUAGCCGGGCUUUCUUUCUUCUUCUUGCUCUUCUUCGUCACCAUUACCUGACUUCUCUUCUGCCACAAAAAUUUUUCUACUAACUCCAUAUGGAGAGUGAAAAGCGCCAGCUUCACUUGUUUAUCUUCCCAUACAUGGCCGCAGGCCACAUGAUCCCGGCCAUAGACAUGGCCAAGCUAUUUGCUUCCCGAGGUUUGAGAAUAACCAUAAUCACUACUCCUCUCAAUGCCUCCUCGAUCUUCGAAACAGUUGAAAAAAGCAAAAUUCUGGGUUUAAAAAUGGACAUGUUAAUCAUCGAGUUCCCCGCUGAACAGGUUGGAUUGCCCAAAGGAGGCGAGAGCUACCACUUAGCCACUUCACCUGAUUUGCGGAUGAAAUUCCGGGAGGCCAUAACCUUGCUGAGGCAACCUCUCGAAGAACUUGUUCAAGAUUAUUGUCCUGAUUGCCUUAUAACCAGCGCGCUGUUCCCAUGGACCACCGAUGUUGCUAGGAGAUUUGGCAUACCGAGGCUUAUUUUCCAUGCCACAAGUUCUUUCUCUAUAUGCGCCUCAGAAUGUCUUAGGCUAUACGAGCCUUACAAAAAAGUUUCGUCAGAUUCAGAACCGUUCAUCCUCCCCAACUUCCCCGACGAGAUCAAGUUGACAAGAAACCAACUUCCAGAUUUUGUUACACAAGACAUCGAGACCGAUGUCGGGAAGUUGAUUAGGCACGUCAUAGAAGCGGAGCUAACGAGUUAUGGAGCUGUUUUCAAUAGCUUCUACGAUCUUGAGCCAGCUUAUGUAGAUUAUUACAAGAAGGUCCUUGGAAGGAAGGCAUGGCAUAUAGGCCCGGUUUCAUUAUGCAAUAAGGAGACUGAGGAUAAAGCACGAAGGGGGAAGGAAGCUUCCGUUCAUGGCCAUGAGUGCUUGAAGUGGCUUGAUUCGAAGAAAUCCGAUUCUGUUGUUUAUGUAUGUUUUGGGAGUAUGGCUAACUUCAAUGAUUCUCAGCUCAUGAAGAUUGCAAUGGGUCUUGAGGCUUCUCAGCAGCAGUUCAUUUGGGUUGUGAAGAGAGAGAAAACUCAAGGAACAAAAGAUGAGUGGCUGCGUGAAGAGUUUGAGAAAAGAGUAGAAGGAAAGGGCCUAAUCAUAAGAGGGUGGGCACCCCAACUGUUGAUUCUAGAUCACGAAGCAGUUGGUGGAUUUGUGACUCAUUGUGGGUGGAACUCCACGUUGGAAGGAGUGGUUGCAGGGGUGCCCAUGGUAACAUGGCCGGUGUCUGCUGAGCAAUUCUACAAUGAGAAGUUGGUCACCCAGAUCCUGAAAAUUGGAGUUGGUGUUGGUGCUCAACAAUGGGUAAGAUUUUUGGGCGACAGCAUUGGGAAGGAAGCCAUAGAGAAGGCGUUAAUUCGAGUAAUGGUUGGGGAAGAAGCAGAGGAAAUGAGAAGCAGGGCAAGAGAGCUUAUGAAGAUGGCUAAGAGCUCUGUUGAAGGAGGAGGAUCCUCUUACUCUGAUUUGAAUGCCUUGAUUGAAGAUCUGAGCUCGCAUGUCAUUGCUGGUGAAGCUACCGAGAAGAACUAGUUUAGUUUUUCACUUUGUGCUUGUUGCAACUGAGACAUUACUUGGCAUUUUCGUUUUCCUUGGAAAUUUCUACAGAGAUUUUGGCGUAGCGCCAUAAAAGUUACAAAACUGAAACAAGAGUUUCGGCUAAAAAAAAAAACAAGAAUCAGAGUGUCUCAGUUCAUAAA